AUGUCAGAUAAACCAGUUAUAUUAUUGAAUCAAGCAAGUGGUUAUGGUGUCCUAGUUGGGGUCGGUGCCUUAUUUGCAAUUGGGAUGAUUACAACUACAUUUUUAUUGAAAAGAUAUUUGCGCGAAGAUGCGCACAAUACGGAAACCUUUUCAGUUGCAAAUAGAAAUGUUGGAACAUUUUUAACAGCUUCCGCUGUGUAUUCUUCGUGGCUGUGGGCCACGGAAUUAUUACUUUUAAGUAGAAAACUAUUGUCUUCAGUAUGAAUAUUGAAAGUUUUGUUGAUUUUAAUUUGCAUCAAUCUUGAUGAUUUCGCAAAUUUUGCUCACAGAAAAAUAAAUUUUUUGCGCGCGCGCAAUAAUAAAAAAAACUGAUAUAUUAGAAACUGAAUAUUUAAUGGAUUUCAUACUAACAGAUGCUUUUAGGUAGCUUCAAUGGUGUAUAACUAUGGUAUAACUGCUGCUUACUUUUAUGGAGCUGGUUUAACCAUUCAGAUUGCAGUUUUGACUAUGAUUGGAAGUCAUGCAAAGAAAAAAGUUAGAAGUGCCCAUACUUCGUUAGAAAUUGUUGAAUUAAGAUAUGGUAAGGCACAUCAUAUAUUAUAUUUAUUUUUAUGUUUAGCCAAUAAUUUGUUAUCUUGUUCAGCUAUGAUUUUAGGUGCAAGUUCAGCUAUUUCAAUUAUUGCUGGUAAUUUACAUCCAGUAGCUUCAACAUUGUUAAUUCCAUUUGGUGUACUAUUAUAUACGACUUACGGUGGUUUGAAAGCUACAUUUUUAACUGAUUUUGUUCAUACAUUGAUUUUAUUAAUUAUCUUAUGUUAUUUAAAUACUGCAGUUUUAUCAAAUGAUAAAAUCGGUGGAUUAAAUGGAUUAUAUGAUAAAUUAGUAUCAUUUGAUUUAAGUAAAAUAAGACCAAUUGAAGGUAAUUUUGAUGGAUCUGUCAUUACAGGUAAAUCUCAAGGUGCUAUUUUCUUCGGUUUAAUUUUAACUGCUGGUAAUUUUGGUUUAUCAGUUAUGGAUUCAUCAUUUUGGCAAAAAUCAUUUUCUGCAAGUCCAAAAGCAACUGUACCAGGAUACUUAACAGCAGCAGUUUUAAUUUUUAGUAAUGUCUGGGGUUUAGGUUCUAUUAUUGGUGGUGGUUCAAUUGUUUUAGAAAAUACACCAGAUUGGCCAACAUAUCCAAGAGCUUUAACUAAUUAUGAAAUUGCUUCUGGUUUUACAUUACCAUAUACUUUGAAAACAGUUUUAGGAGAUGGUGCAGUAGGUGCAUUUUUAUUAGUUAUUUAUUUAGCAGUUACAUCAACGGUUUCUGCACAAUUAAUUUCAGUUUCAUCAAUUUUAUCAUUUGAUAUUUAUAAGAAAUAUUUAAAUCCAAAAGCUCAAAAUAAAUCAUUAAUUAGAGUUUCACAUUAUAGUUGUAUUUUCUUUGCUUUAUUCAGUGCUGGUUUCACUAUUAUGUUACAUUAUGUUAAUGUUGAUAUGACUUGGUAUACUUAUUUUUAUCCAUUAAUUAUAUGUCCUGGCGUUAUACCAUUAAUUUUCACAAUUACUUGGGAUGGACAAACAAGCUUAGCAGCUUUUGUAUCUCCAAUUUUAGGUUUAAUAUUUGGUAUCGUUGUUUGGACAACUACUGCUUAUCAUUAUUCUGAUGAAGUUACAAUUACAUCAUUAGGUGGUCAAUUACCUGCAUUAUUUGGAUCAUUAACUGCGUUAUUAUUACCGGGAUUAUCAUCUAUUAUAAUUUCAUUAGUAUAUCCAAAGAAAUUUGAUUGGAAUAAAUUGAGUAAAGUUGAUUUAUUAAUUAAACAGGAAAAUGAUGAAAACAAUGAGAUUGUACAAAGUUCAGAUAAUUCAAUUGAAAAGAAUGAACAAACUGAAGUUAAAGUUAAUGAACAAUCUGGUCAAUCAUCGGUUGAUGAUGUUGAGGAAAAUCAUUUAUCAAUAGAUGAAGAAAAACAAGUUGAAAAUUUACCACAGGGUCAAUUAACUGAAAAGGAAUUAGAUUUUUGGAUCAAAGUUAGUACUGGUGCUUCUAUAUUUUUAUUAUUAUUAACAUGGGUUUUAUGGCCAAUGCCAUUGUAUAGAGAUUGGAUUUUUUCAAGAGCUUAUUUUGGCGGAUUUGUUACAAUGGGUUUAGUUUGGGUAUAUGCUGCUUUAUUGAUUAUAGGUAUAGGACCGAUUAUAUCUGGAAGAAAAUCAAUUGCUAAAGUAUUUAAAGGUGUAUAUAAUGAUUUGUUCAAUAGGAAAUAA